CUAUUCUUAGUAAAAACAACACAAAUGGACCAUUUUGCCCUUGUAGUUUUGACCAUGUCCCUUGUGUCUUUUGUCACCCUUGCCUACAUGCUCCAACGCCGGAAAAUCUCAACUCCGGCCACCCAUUUCCCACCAUCACCACCCAAACUGCCCAUCAUCGGUCAUCUUCACCUCGUGACCGACAUGCCUCACCAAUCCUUUGCUUGUUUAGCUGACCAACUUGGCCCGAUUAUCUACCUUAAACUUGGUCAAGUCCCUACAAUUGUUGUAUCAUCAGCCCAACUCGCUGAACUCAUUCUUAAAACCAAUGAUCACGUGUUUUCUAAUCGGCCACAACUUGUUUCUGCUCAAUACCUAUCGUUUGGGUGUUCAGAUGUCACGUUUUCACAAUAUGGGCCGUAUUGGCGCCAAGCCCGGAAAAUUUGUGUUACUGAAUUGUUGAGUCCCAAGCGGGUCAACUCUUUCCAAGUCAUUAGAGACGAGGAAGUGACCCGCUUGGUUCAAGCUGUGUCAAUCCGGGCUGGGCUCGAGACUGACAUGAGUGACUUGUUCUUUAAGCUAGCUAAUGACAUGCUAUGUCGAGUUGCUUUUGGGAAACGAUUUCUUCGAGAUGAGUCUAAAAAGGGAAAAGAUUUGGUGGGUAUUCUGACUGAAACUCAAGCGUUAUUUGCGGGCUUUUGCUUAGGUGAUUUUUAUCCAGAGUGGGAAUGGGUCAACGUGGUGAGUGGGUCGAAAAGGAGGAUGGUGAAGACUUUGAAAGAACUGAGGGAGGUUUGUGAUGAUAUUAUAGAUGAUCAUAAUAAAAAUAAAGAAGAAUCAGCUGGAAAUGAAGACUUUGUUGAUGUUUUGCUUCGUGUUCAACAACAGCACGAUCUCGAAGUGCCCAUCACAGAUGAUAACCUUAAGGCACUUGUUCUGGACAUGUUUGUAGCAGGUACAGACACUACAUCAGCAACCCUAGAAUGGACAAUGACAGAGCUAGCAAGACACCCAGAAGUGAUGAAGAAAGCACAGGAUGAAAUCCGAGGCAUAGCAAACAGAAAAGAUGAGGUUGAAGAGAGUGACCUGCACAACGUUCACUAUAUAAAAGCUGUAAUCAAAGAAACUAUGCGACUGCACCCUUCAGUCCCACUUCUUGUGCCACGAGAAUCGAUGCAAAGUUGCACUCUACAAGGGUAUGACAUACCCGCAAAAACCCGAGUCUUGAUCAAUACUUAUGCAAUAGGACGUGACCCGAACUCGUGGGAGAAUCCUUUGGCCUAUAAUCCUGAGAGGUUCAUGAAGGAAGAGGUUGACUUUAGAGGUCAAGAUUUUCGGUUUUUACCAUUUGGGGGUGGGAGACGAGGUUGUCCAGGUUUCGCGUUUGGAUUGGCUACUAUCGAGCUAGCUUUGGCUCGACUUUUGUACCACUUUGACUGGGAACUCCCGAAUGGUAUUGGACCUGAUGAUGUUGAUUUAGGAGAGAUUUUUGGGUUGGCUACUAGGAAAAACACCGCUCUGAAACUUUUGCCUAUAAAAAACACAAACUACGGGAUCGAGAAAGAUGGAACUAGAUUUUCGCCUACAUAA